AUAUCUAAUAUAUAUUUAUAUGUAAUGUAUACACAGAUGGAUGGACAAAAGCUGGCAGGUUGUCAAGACUGGGUUCUACAGGAGCCAGCGGUUCUUCGAGUUUUAAAGGGGCAGAGUGCUGAAGUCACCUGUUCAUACAAAGGAGUUGAGGCUGAAAUGAUUGCAGUUUCCUGGAAGCGGAAUGCAUGGAACAGCCCUGUGUGUAGAAUCCUGUAUGUGAAUCACACACAAAUACUGUCUCCUGCGUGUGACAGCCGAGUGAAGGUCGCCUGGAACACAAGUGCUAAUUUUAUACGUGUUUCCACUCGAGAUGUCCAAGUGGAAGACACAGACUUUUACUACUGCAAGAUUGAAUUCCUUAUACCUCAGCCUGUAAGACAAAUAUACGGCAACUCAACAUACCUCAGUGCAGAAGCUUCUCCAGAUGUUAGGGUGGAGUUUCAUCCCUCAGGCAUGAAUCACUGCUGCAUACAACUGGUUUGUUUGGCAGAGAAUUUCUACCCGGAUAACAUCGUUCUGAGCUGGAGUAAAGAAGGAAGCAUAAUUCCAGAAUGGGAGAACUUGGAAAUUCUUAACACGUCAAACCAAACCUUCUCUCAAGCAAGUUAUCUGAAACUUUCUGAUUGGCAGGAGGGAGAUGUGUUUUCGUGCCACGUUAAUCAUUCCUCAUUACAGUCUCCUCUCAUCAGAGACAUAAUCAUACCAUUCAAUGAGCAGAACAAAGGAAUCAGAAUUUACAUGUGGGCAACAGUUACCUGCCUCAUUCUAAUUUUAGUGAUUGUGGUUGGAUAUGUCCUAUUUAGGCGCUCAAGAAAAGAUCCCCAGACUGAACCAGUCUAUGUCAACUUUGUGCCUGAAUCGACAACAAAAGACUCCAAACUAGAUCUGAUUUACAGUUUUCUUCGCACACCCUAAUCAUUUCAUUGAUGUAAAGUUAUUUAGUGCACAUUUAAUACCAUUCUCACAG